GUACUCUAAUCCUCAGAGGUGGGGAGGUUGUUAGAUAGAUGCGAAUCUCUAUAAAUUGAAAGAUCUUAGCUCCGAGAAGGCAUCGACGCAGUUCCAGUACCAUAGUGACUCUUAGUCAACAUCAACAUGUUUCAAUUGACAAUCUUAGCAGGUCUCCUGAGUGUUGCUUUGGCAUCACCCCAAUGGUACCCCCAACCAGCUUACCACGGAGCUCACGCCGGGUACGCACACGGAGCAGCAGCGCCUCUUGGGCCUGACGGUCGGGUAGUAGACACCCCCGAGGUAGCCGCCUCAAAAGCCGCGCAUUUAGCCGCUCUUGCCGAAGCUUCCGCACGCGCGCCCCAUGGACCCGCCGAUCACCACGACGGAGCUUACCAUGACGGAUGGAACGCUCCUAACCCCGCCUACGCUCCAGCUCACUUGGGACCACGGUACCACGGACCACCAGCUCCCCUUGGACCAGACGGUCGCGUCGUAGACACCCCCGAGGUCCAAGCCGCUAAAGCUCACCACUUCGCUCUUUUCAACGCUGCUGCUCAUUCUGCUCCCGCCGGUCCAGCUCAUGCCGCUCCAGCUUACCCCGCUCACGCGGAUUACGACUCAGGAGCUUACAACCCCGCGUGGGACAGUCCCGCCUGGAACCACUAUUAAUUAAUUAAUUAAUUAAUUAAGAAUUCACACAACUCAUAAUUAACGGAUUGACUACUGGAUUUCUUAUUGACUGUUUUAUUUAAAACUCUACCUCACCGAAAGUGAAUAACAUCCGUCGCUUUUCAAAGCUUUUGAUCUUUUGCUCAUAUAUUUUAUAUAUAACAUUAAAUAUGACCCUGAAGUUAGCUUAAAAAUUUUUUUGAUUUUUUUUUUCAAUAAAAAUAAGAUAAAUCUUACUUAUAACUUUUGAAAAAAAACCAAAAAAUUUUUUUUACAAUUAACUAACUGCAGGAUCAUGUUAAUAAAACUUAUCAAUAUGCACAAAAAUAGAGCACUGCCAAAAUUGAUGCAUUUAUUUAACACAAAGUGAUAAUUUUGUUACGUAUGAUUGGACACUAUAUUAUAUUGUAUUUUAUUUUAUAUAAAUUUUUAUUAAACAAAGAGUAAAUAAAUUAUUACUUGUUAAACACGA